UGAUUCGCCGAAGGGCACACGGCUGGACAGGUUUAAAAUUCGAGUCCCUGGAUUCUCAGCUUCUUUCAUUUUUUGCCCCCAUCCUUCACCUCUUCCAUACAUAGCCCUUCCUCACGGCUUAGUAGCACAUUGCCCAUCCUGAGAUCCGAGCUUGCUGCCUCUUUUCCUUGCUAGCUUCACGUAAGCUCAUUGACGGCAGCUGAAGAUGCAAUUGCGUUGGCCUCCAAAACUGGUGUUACUGAAAACGAUCGCUGCCCUUAACCUCCCUCCCUUCCUGUCCCAAGUAACCCAAAGACGCUGCCUCUAAUAGGGAUCCGAUGGGACUAGGAGCUAGCCAUCCAAGCUGUACGUCUUUUAAGGAAGCUGACUGCCUGACUCAUCUUUUUCCUGGAGGAAGGCAUUACUGGGUGCCCUCAACGCAGCGGCUGUUUGGGGGUCAGAUCGUGGGGCAGGCCCUGGUGGCUGCAGCCAAGUCUGUGAGCGAAGACGUCCACGUGCAUUCCCUGCACUGCUAUUUUGUUCGGGCAGGGGACCCGAAGGUGCCCGUGCUCUACCAGGUGGAGCGGACGCGGACAGGAAAGAGCUUCUCGGUGCGCUCCGUGAAGGCCGUGCAGCAUGGCAAGCCCAUCUUCAUCUGCCAGGCCUCCUUCCAGGAGAUCCAGCCCAGCCCCGUGCAGCACCAGUUCUCCAUGCCCACCGUGCCCCCGCCAGAGGAGCUGCCCAGCUAUGAGACCCUCAUCAACCAGUACUUAAGGGACCCAAACCUCCACAAGAAGUACCAGCUGGGUCUGAACAGAAUUGCCGCCCAAGAGGUGCCUAUUGAUAUCAAGGUCGUAAACCCACCCACCGUGAACCAGCUAGAUCACUUGGAGGCCAAACAGAUGUUCUGGGUGCGAGCCCGGGGCUACAUCGGGGAGGGCGACAUGAAGAUGCACUGCUGUGUGGCCGCCUACAUUUCGGACUACGCCUUCCUGGGCACGGCGCUGCUGCCCCACCACGGGCAGCACAGGGUGCACUUCAUGGUCUCCCUGGACCACACCAUGUGGUUCCACGCCCCCUUCCGAGCGGACCACUGGAUGCUGUACGAGUGCGAGAGCCCCUGGGCUGGUGGCUCUCGGGGACUGGUCCAUGGGCGGCUGUGGCGUCAGGAUGGGGUCCUGGCUGUGUCCUGUGCCCAGGAGGGCGUGAUCCGAGUGAAGCCCCACGUCUCAGCGAGCAAGCUCUAGCCAACGGUGCCAGCACGCUUCCCCACCACAGCUGCUGCAGCAGGAUUAACGGUGGAAGCCGGGCUCCCCGCCACAGGCACCCAAUAAAGAGACUGGUCCCACCGGA